AUGGUUGAUCUCUCUUAUAAAAAUACCAAGCCAUACAAAGUUCACAUUACAGUGAACAACGAUGAAAGUGUCAUUGAUGCGAGCUGUCAGUGCAAGGCCCGAGAAUCGAAAAACUGUUCACAUGUAAUUGCUUUGUUGUUAGCUCUUGAGGAUUACACCCUACGGUUUGGGUAUCAACCAGUCACAGGCACAUCGAAAUUGAAGGCCUGGAAUCAGGGUAGGAAAAAAGGGAACCAUCCUCGGGCAGUGGUUGAGGCAAAAUAUCCCAAAGAAGGCCAGGCUCAUGAGGCCAAGAAGCUGAGUGAUGCCAGAAGAUUCUUGAAUUACAAGCCAUCGGUCGAAUUCAAAUAUAAUCAGAAAGAAAAACAAGCAGAUUCAAUAAGAGACCUCCAAUCUUUUCAGAAAUCAUCUGCGCUCGAUUUUUUAGUUUCUAUUCGAUAUGAAGAUUAUAAUCUGGACCCUGAAAGAUGUAAUUUACUACAGUUACAAGUUCAGAUGGUUUUAGAUAAUUUAAAAGUGCAAAGAGAGAACUUUUUCUGGCUUGACGUAUCUCCAUCAUCUAUUGAGCGAUACACUGAAACGCGAUUACGCAUCACUGCAUCUGAAGCUAAAUAUUUCUUCACAACAAAGGAAAUUGGUCCCAUAAUUGCUCAGAAGUUAUGGAAUCCAUUUGAGCCUUCUGAAAGAUCUAUACUCAGUGAGGAACGCAAGGAAGAAGCUAUUAUGGAAUAUUCAAAGACUAGAGACCGCAGUGUAAUUCCAAUUGGGAAGAAAGGUGUUAUCAUAAAUCCAAAGCUCCCAGGAUUUUGUUGUGCACCUGAUGAUUUUUGGUCUCAUGAUCCGGAACUUUGGUUCAUCCACAUCGAAGCCCUGUUCACCACCAGAAACAUCAGAAGUGACCAGACGAAGUAUGGAGCUGUUGUUGCUGCCUUGGGCUCGGAUGUUCUCAAGGAGAUGUCCGACGUUCUCAGGAAUCCACCGCCCACAGAUACGUAUAUUAACCUCAAAAAUAUACUUCUCAAACGUUUCACUGACUCAGUUGAUCGCCAGUUACAUAAACUGUGGACAGAGAUGCAGCUUGGUACACAAGAGCCGAGCCAACUUCUCAGGCAAAUGAAAACGCUCGCUGGCAACAGAGCAAGCGAAGAACUCAUUCGCAGCAGAUGGCUGGCCCUGUUGCCUGAUACUGUGUCCAAGAUCCUCAAAGCAGUCUCUAACAACUCCACUCUCGAUCAGCUCGCUGAGGCAGCCGACAGCUGUAUGGAAAAUCACACCAGCUCCCAAGUCCUGUCAACCAGCUUCCAGUCCAUGGCUCUCAACAACCAGCCAAUGCUACCCAGUGCUCAGCAACCCAUGACCUUCAUUCCUCAGCCCAUGGGAGCUGAAACGCAGGUCAUGGCAGCCAGUCACGUGCCAUAUCAGAGGCAGAGCAACAGCAACAUUGAGCUGAGACUGAGCGCAGUGGAGAAAACAUUGGAAGUUCUGGCUGCAUCAGUCAGUAGUCUAUCAGCCAAGCUUACAGGGGACCACGACAGAAGAUCACGAUCUCGAUCUCGCACCCCAGGACCACCUGAUCAGUGCUUCUACCAUCGUAGAUUCGGUGCCAAGGCUGUCAGAUGCCUCAAGCCUUGCACCUGGGCGGUUGGCGACAGCGUUCAAAACAUUCCACCGAUCAAAGAGCAGCGUCUACAUGUCUACAACAAAUCUUCUCACACCAGAUUUCUUGUUGACUCCGGCUCUGUCGUAUCUGUUAUACCACGAACUCUUGCCAAGCAGAACCUGCAACCAUCGGACUUCAAACUCUACGCUGCGAACUCCACCAGUAUCACAACCUAUGGACAUCAACCAAUCACACUUAACCUCGGUCUCCGUCGAGCAUUUACCUGGCCUUUCAUCGUUGCUGACGUUCAGUCCGCAAUCAUCGGGGCUGACUUCAUUGUUCACUUCGGAUUGAUGAUAGACCUCAAGAAACAUCGUCUGAUCGACCCUCUCACUUCAUUAUCAACAACUGGAGAACUUGUCGAAACCUCAGUGUUCGGGAUAUCUACUGUAGACCAACACGUGCUCCCUGACAGCUUCUCUGAGGGCAAGUACGCAGCACUUCUCCAGCAGUUCAUCGAUAUCACCAAGCCUACUAUCUCUGCCGCUUCCCAAAACUCUGCAGACGUGGCGCACUACAUCGUUACUCAAGGACCUCCAGUUGUGGAGCGAUUUCGGAGAUUACCUGGUGAGAAACUGAAAGCUGCAAAGGAUGACAUCAACUUUCUGCUAGAGCUUGGUGUCAUUCGACCAUCCAGCAGUCAAUGGGCGAGUCCAAUCCAUAUGGUACCUAAGAAACUUGAAGGCUGGCGUACCACUGGAGACUUCAGGCGACUCAACGCUCAGACAGUCCCUGAUCGCUACCCAGUGCCCUACCCAGAGGAUAUCUUUCAACGCCUGCAUGGUAAGAAAAUAUUCUCAACAAUUGAUCUUGUACGAGCAUACCAUCAAAUCCCCAUGGCUCUAGAGGACAUCGAAAAGACUGCAAUUACAACACCCUUCGGUCUCUUCGAAUUUCUGGGCAUGCCCCCUGGACUACGUAAUGCAACUCAGACCUUUCAACGUCAUAUGGACAACAUCCUUAGGGGUCUGGACUUUGUUGGCUGCUUCAUUGAUGACCUCAUCGUGGCUUCUGAAACCCAUGAGGAGCAUCUUCAACAUCUUCAGAAAGUCUUCUCCAUCCUGCGUCAACACAAGCUCACGCUGAACCCUAGCAAGUGUGAGUUUGGCAAGGAAGAAGUAACUUACCUUGGUUACACUAUCAACCAACAUGGAUACAAAGCUCCAGACUCACGUGUCGAGGCGAUCAUCUCUUUUCCAAAGCCAGAAACCGUCGUCGAACUCCGUCGUUUUCUCGGGAUGGUAAAUUAUUACCGCAAGAGCAUCCCCAACGCUGCAGAGAUUCAGGCACCUCUGAAUGGACUCAUCCCAAGCCAGAAGAAGAAUGACAAAACUAAGAUCCAGUGGACCGCUGUCACGGAGCAAGCUCUGGAAAACCUCAAACAGAGUGUGGCUUCAGCAGCUCGCACAGCUUUCCUGUCACCUUCUGCUCCUCUCUCACUCACAACUGAUGCCUCUGACACCGCCAUAGGCGCAUCACUGGAACAGUUCGAGGGCAACAGCUGGAAGCCAGGACGUCACUUCGUCAUCAGAACUGACCACAAGCCUUUGGUCUACGCAUUCUCUCAAAAAGCCGAAAAAGCUUCACCUCGUCAACUAGAAAGACUCAACUUCAUUUCACAAUUUUCUACGGAGAUUGUCCAUCUGAAGGGUGAAGACAAUGUGGUCGCCGACGCACUCUCCAGGAUCAGUGCCAUCAACAUGCCCACCAUCCUGAGUGCUGAGAGGAUCCAGCAAGAGCAGCAAGACGACGAAGAACUCCAACAACUCAUCGAAAACAACAACAGUUCGCUGAAACUUCAACGAUUAUCCAUCGAUGGCAACAACUCAAUUUACUCCUUCGACACUGUUCAUGGGCUGUCCCAUCCCAGUGGCCGAGUAACAGUUCAUACACUCAAGCAGAAGUACAUCUGGCCUGGCAUCAAGAAGGACGCUCUGGAAUGGGCUCGCAACUGCAUCGCUUGUCAACGCUCAAAAAUUCAACGUCACAAUCGUCUAACCCCCAAGCACAUCGACGUGCCAGACUCUCGCUUCAACCAUAUUCAUCUUGAUCUCAUCGAGCUCCCAGUGGUCAACCGUCUCAGGUACUGCUUAACCAUCAUUGACAGAUUUUCCAGGUGGCCUGUAGCCAUUCCCCUGGACGAUAUGACAGCUGAUACCGUCUGCACUGCCUUCUACACCCACUGGAUCGCUCAAUUCGGUACACCUCUCACCAUAACUACAGAUCAAGGCUCUCAAUUCGAGUCUGCGCUCUUCAAGGCCUUAUCUCGACUGAUUGGUGCGCAUCGCAUUAGGACUACACCGUACCAUCCUCAGUCAAACGGCUUGGUUGAGAGGUGGCACAGAACUCUCAAAGCAGCUCUUAUGUGCAACUCACAAGCUCCAUGGCCUGAAGUUCUCCCCACAGUACUCCUUGGUCUUCGCACUUGCUACAAGGAAGACCUAAACGCUUCACCUACUGACCUCGUAUUUGGGACAGGUUUACGCGUUCCAGGAGAGUUUUUCGUCUCGGAAGACAUACCAGCUGAUCCUCAAAUCUUCGUGGAGAAAUUCCGGGAGCACAUCAGAAGCCUACGACCGACACCAACGGCCCACCACAACAAAGAGCGCGUCUUCAUCCUAAAAAACCUGUACUCUUUCUUAGAACGCCUGGACGACUACACCUUCAAAAUCAAGGUCGACGGAGACGAGAAGGUCGUCUCAGUGGAGAGACUCAAGCCAGCAUACAUUGCCAAAGAGGAUCCUGUCAAUCCUCAACAACCUCAGCAGGCUGAGGUACCUGAAAACAUUGGACCCCACCUACCGUCCUCAAGCAUGGACCCACCUCUUCGUACCUAUGCCAAAAGGAGAGACAAGACUGUUACGUUCCCUUCGAAUCUCACGAAGGUCACUGGGGGGGGGGGGAUGUGGCGACUCCGCCUCCGGUAG